UCGGGCGCUCGGGCGCUCGGGCGCUGGGCGGCGCUGCCUCGGCUGCGCUCGGGCUGCGGCUCCGGUGGGGGUGGGUGGUGGGGUUGACAGCGGAGGUGGCGGUGGCGCGUUGCUGAGCGAGCGGGGAGCUAGCGGGGGAAGAGGAGGAAGUGGAGCCGCGGCCGGGAGCUCGGGAGUCGGCCGCCGGGCCGAGGUCCGCCCCGUUUUGCGGAGCGAGCAGAGUCGGGACCUGGAAAGACUUCCCCGCGGGGCUCCGGCCGCCGCGCCUCCCCGCCGGCGCCUGCCCUGCCCUGCCUGUCCCAGCCCCGCGGUCCGGGUUGUGCGGCCGAGACGCGCAGAGCCCCGGCCCUGACCCGCUGCGCCGGGGCGGGACGCUUCUAACCCCGCGGUGCGGUCCUUGGUUGCGGGGUCGCUCAGCGCUUUUCCCAUCAGUGAGGAUCGGAGCCCCCGCCCCGGGACUGGCGCAGGGUGGCCCCAGGCCCUUGACUCCGGUGCGCGGGACCCCGGACGCCCCCCGCCUCCACGAGACCCCAACCUUCAGUGGCCUCCGCCCGAGCGCUUCGGACUUGGAACCGCGCGAGCGCCGGAGAAGCCCCUGCCGGGUAGUGCGCUCUGUGAGGGGUCCUAAGCGGGCAGGACAAUCGGACCGAACCGCCGGGCUGGUGCUGCGAGCCCAGGCUGCCCCCUUCCUCCCUCCUCAGGCGAGGGACUCAGCGCCUGCCCCGAACACAGGGGACCCCUCUGUCCCCGCGGCCCACGAGAGCCAAGGCUGCAGCUCUCCCCGUGAAGUGAUAUCACCACCUCCGUGGACAGGACACCCUCUGGAGCCCAGGUCACAGCCACUGGUACCUUCUUCCAGCUUUUUGACUGACAACUAAAUAGGUACCUCCUUGGUGCCCGGCCCAGUGCAGGGGACAUAGGUCCCCUAUACAGUGACUCUUCUAGCAAGGACAGGGCCUGGUGUAUCUUGUGUCCCCAUCACCAGGUGUGGGGGUGCAGACACUAUAGGUCUUCAGAAAACCUUGGCGAAGUGGAUCAGAAGUCUGAACCUGGAGAAGCUCUCAGUCUGGCAGGAGAGGCAGCCACGGAAGCAGAUAAUUACAGCACACCGAGGCCUGUGAUCAUUCUCAGGAGCGAUGCCAGAUGAUGACCGGCUGGGGGCCUCCAUGGGCGCCUGAGGGCCAGGCACCAGGGCCGUGGGCACGAGUAUGGUGAAACACCAGCCCCUGCAGUACUAUGAGCCACAGCUGUGCCUCUCCUGCCUCACAGGCAUCUACGGCUGCCGUUGGAAGCGCUACCAGCGUUCGCAUGAUGAUACCACGCCGUGGGAGCGCCUUUGGUUCCUGCUCCUCACCUUCACCUUUGGCCUCACGCUCACCUGGCUCUACUUCUGGUGGGAAGUCCACAAUGACUACGAUGAAUUCAACUGGUACCUCUAUAACCGCAUGGGCUACUGGAGUGACUGGCCCAUGCCCAUCCUUGUGACCACAGCCGCUGCUUUUGCAUACAUUGCUGGCCUCCUGGUCCUGGCACUAUGUCACAUUGCUGUGGGGCAGCAGAUGAACCUUCACUGGCUGCAUAAGAUUGCCCUGAUGGUCAUCCUGGCCUCCACGGUGGUGGCCAUGUCGGCUGUGGCCCAGCUGUGGGAGGAUGAGUGGGAGGUGCUGCUGAUCUCCCUGCAGGGCACAGCGCCGUUCCUACACGUGGGGGCCCUGGCCGCAGUCACUGUGCUCUCCUGGAUCGUGGCAGGACAGUUUGCCCGCACAGAGCGGACCUCCUCCCAGGUGAUCAUUCUCUGCACCUUCUUCACUGUGGUGUUUGCCCUCUACCUGGUCCCUCUCACCAUCUCCUCUCCCUGCAUCAUGGAAAAGAAGGACCUUGGCCCCAAACCCGCCCUCAUUGGCCACCGAGGGGCCCCAAUGCUGGCUCCAGAGCACACUCUCAUGUCCUUCCGGAAGGCCCUUGAGCAGAAGCUGUAUGGGCUCCAGGCUGACAUUACCAUCAGCCUGGACGGCGUGCCCUUCCUCAUGCACGAUGCCACCCUGCGGCGCACCACCAACGUGGAGGAGGAGUUCCCGGAGCUCGCCCGCAGGCCUGCCUCCAUGCUCAACUGGACCACCCUGCAGAGGCUCAACGCUGGCCAGUGGUUCCUGAAGACUGACCCCUUCUGGACGGCCAGCUCUCUGUCACCCUCCGACUACAGAGAGGCCCAGAACCAGUCCAUCUGCAGCCUGGCAGAGCUCCUGGAGCUGGCCAAAGGCAACGCCACACUGCUGCUCAACCUGCGCGACCCGCCCCGUGAGCACCCCUACCGCAGCAGCUUCCUCAACAUCACUCUGGAGGCCGUGCUGCGCUCUGGCUUCCCCCAGCACCAGGUCCUGUGGCUGCCUAACAAGCAGAGGACCCUGGUGCGGAAGGUGGCUCCCGGCUUCCAGCAGACAUCAGGCCUCAAAGAGGCGGUCACCAGCCUGCGGAGAGGCCACAUCCAGCGGCUGAACCUGCGCUACACUCAGGUGUCCAGCCAGGAGCUCAGGGACUACGCAUCUUGGAACCUGAGUGUGAACCUCUACACAAUUAACGCGCCAUGGCUCUUCUCCCUGAUGUGGUGUGCGGGGGUCCCAUCUGUCACCUCUGAUAACUCCCACACCCUCUCCCAGGUGCCUUCCCCGCUCUGGAUCAUGCCCCCGGACGAGUACUGUCUCAUGUGGGUCACUGCCGACCUGAUCUCCUUCACCCUCAUCGUGGGCAUCUUCGUGCUCCAGAAGUGGCGCCUGGGUGGCAUACGGAGCUACAACCCUGAGCAGAUCAUGCUGAGCGCCGCAGUACGCCGGACCAGCCGGGACGUCAGCAUCAUGAAGGAGAAGCUCAUCUUCUCAGAGAUCAGCGAUGGCGUAGAGGUCUCCGACGAGCUCUCCGUGUGUUCAGACAACAGUUACGACACAUACGCCAACAGCACCACCACCCCUGUGGGCCCCCGAGGGGGUGGCAGCCACGCCAAGACCCUCACAGAGCGGAGUGGGCGUUAGCUGAAGGCAUGUCUGUCCCACCUGUACCUGACACAGAAGCCAGGGGAGCCUAGGACAGCUGGCAGAAGCGUGUCUGAACUUGGAGUGCUCUGGGAGCGGGCUCCACAGCCUCCUUGUGGGCUCCAGCCCCUUGUCAGCUGCAGCCUCUCUUGAGGGGGAUUUCUGUCCCCUGAGCCCAGCUGGGCCAGGACUCAAGCCUCUCAGAUGCCCCCACAGGCCUGGGGUUCCUUCUGGGAAGUAUGGGACUUAGGGCUUGGUCCCCCCCUUCUGAGGUCCUCUCCUGUAUCCCAACCUGAAUCUUUGAUGGGUCAUGGGCCAUGCCAUACCCCCAGUGGCAAUGGAGGGUACGGAUGCUCACCUGUGCCAUCUGUCCUCCUGUCUGCCAUGAGGCCACUGAGUUCUCUGUUGUUAUCCUGCCCCACGGGCCUGGGCCGGGCCUCUACCUGAAGCAACUCUGCUCUUCCUGUCAGUCUCAAAGCACAAGGAGGUUUGGCCCAGGAGGAAGCCAGCUGCAGUGUGGAGACACGUCCUCCUCCCCACCCCGCCUUAUGCCACCACCAGCCCCCUGCCCUAGGAGCAGGCCUGAGCCUUGUCCCCUCGGAGCAGCUGGAGAUGGCCAGAAGUGAGAGCUCAGGACUACUGAAUCCCAUGCCCAAGUGUCCAGCAGACCUCAGGGCAGAAGGGUCCCCCAACCCAGGAGUCCACAGACUGAUGUGACCUCAGGUUCCCACAUCAGUGGCCACAGGGCAGGGCCCACCUGGGAGAAGUGUUUUGGACAUGGUCAGAGUGGGUGUGUGGCUAAGUAGGCCCACAACAGAGAGAACCCCAGGGCCUUGAUCAAUACAAUUAAAGCUGCCAUCUUGA